CGCGACAACCACCACGACGAUGAUGAAGGUGCAGGUGCUGCUUGUGCUUGCGCUGUGUGUGAGCUGGUGUGCCGGCCAUGCUGUGAUUGAGGAGGACGCGCUUGGCGCGCUGCACAUCAACACAAGCUCUCCGUCGUCGCAGCCGGUGUAUGUGAACGGGGUUGAUGUGUCUGGCAUGCAGAGCACCAUCCGUGAUCUCGAGGCAAGAACGCAGGCGCUGCAGCAACAGCUGUGCACACUCCACCCACCCGCGGCGGACGUCACAAGCAUCACGGUGCCCACGGGGACAGCCAAGUGGGUUGGCGGCGUGUUGGCGCCCAACGGCCUCAUCUACGGCAUCCCUUACGCCAUAUACGUUGUCUUGAUCAUCAACCCGACGACGAACACGGUCGACACCACGUCCAUCACGGGCUUGCCCUUCACCGGCUGGUGGGAAGGCGUGCUGGCGCCCAACGGGCUCAUCUACGGCAUUCCACACCAGGCAAGCGGCGUCCUCAUCAUCAACCCCAACGACAACACGGUAGACACAACCACGAUCAGCGAUGUCGGCCUGGGCGGCGGCGACAAGUGGGCAGGCGGCGUUCUCGCAGACAAUGGCCGCAUCUACUGCGCGCCGUACUCGGCUUCUUUCAUGCUGAUCAUCGACACAGCCACCAACACGGCGGACACGACAUCCAUUCGCAACAUCAACGCCAUCAGCUACGCCUGGUACCAGGGCGUUGCAGCGCCAAACGGCCUCCUGUACUUCCUGCAGGUCCGCGCGCAAGGCAUCCUCAUCGUCGACCCCGCCACCAACACGGUCGACACGUCCACGCUGGCAAACGUGCAGAUCGGGCCGUCCCGCGGCGUGGUGCUCUCUCGGGCCACUGGGCUCAUCUACGGUGUGCCAGACACGUCCUCGCGCGUGGUCGUCCUCGAUCCAACCACGAACAGCGUGGACGGCAACGCGGUGCAGGGCCUCCCCACCGACAACAGCUAUUGGCUUGGCGGCGCGGUGGCGGCCAGCGGAAAGCUGGUGUUCAUCCCCGCCGCUAGCUCGUCUGUCUUGUUCCUCGACCCGCUCACCAACGCCACAGACAUGACCAGCAUCAGGGGUCUCGGCACGGGCAACUACAAGUGGUGGGGUGGCGUCGCGGCGCCCAAUGGUCGCAUUUACGCCAUCCCAUAUCAUGCAAACAACGUGCUCAUCAUCGACGCAGGCGCCUGCUGAAGGGGAGUCAGGUUGUGUGCGUGUGUGUGUGUGUGUGUGUGUGUGU